AUUUAUAUCAAGAUGCUGUAGAAUUCUGAUUCCAAUUGUUGCUGUCACUCCAGUAGUCUUGGCCCAGAUACAAUGCAAUGUUUAUAAGGUGAACUGUCUACAGCUUAAUUGGAAAUUCUUUUCACAAAUGUAAAAUGACAAGCUGGUAAAGAAGCAAAUUGUAUAUGACACAAAAAAUGUAUUUUGAGAUUUUAACCUAUUUCUUUUGGAAAAGCAAUGCAUUAGAUCAUGGAUUUAAAUAAAGGUUGUUUAAUCAGUCCCUGGUUUGUUUCAGGCUGGCUAUCCUGGAUUGGUAAUGGGAUUAUCAUCUUCAUUAUGUGCAAACAAAGACGCCUUGAGCUCCAAGAUUAUUUUACGUUGAAUCUUGCUGUGUCCGAUGCCAGUGUUUCCAUUUUUGGCUACUCACGAAUAACCAUUGAGAUAUUUAACUUUUUCCAAGAUGAUGGAUUUUUCAACACACCUAUAUGGACUUGUGAAGUGGAUGGAGUUUUGACUCUGUUGUUUGGUUUGGGCAAUAUUAACACUUUGACAGCCAUCAGCAUCAUUUAGUACAUCAAAAACUGUCAGCCACACCAAGGUAAACCACCCGUCUCCUUUCUAAUCUGUACAGCCUUCAUCCUGGCCUGGUCCCCUUACGCCGUGAUCUCAAUGUGGUCAGCAUGUGGCCAACCUACCUCAGCCAUCACAAGCAUCCUGGCUUGUCUCAUUGCCAAAUUUGCCAGCUUCGACAACCCCAUCAUCUACUUUGACAGGAGCCCCAAGUUCCACCAGGAAGUGCAAGCUCUCUUCCACUGCUUGAAAGAAAACAAUGAACCCAACAUCGUUGGUGGGCAAGAAGACCGCAGAGACAGGAAACAAGCGACAAGUGUCUGGUCCUUCAGAUCCCCGCAUCUAAGACAUCAGCCUUGGGAGCAGAAUUAG